AUGGCUUGCUCUGCCGCUAUUUCGACGGCCGCUGUUCUUUCUCCAAACCCCAAAGCCUCCGCCGGCGCCGGAAAUUCCCUCGCCCCUCGCUCUGUUUCAAUUGCCUCGUCGUUCUCCGGCGGAGCCCUCGCCGCCCGCACUCCCCGCUCAUUCUCCUCCUCCUCCUCCCGCUCUUCCUCCGCUAAACGGCACAGUUUUGUUGUCCGCGCUAGCGAACUUCCUCUGGUUGGAAAUACAGCCCCAAACUUCGAGGCAGAAGCUGUGUUCGAUCAAGAAUUUAUUAAGGUUAAGCUUUCUGAGUACGUAGGGAAGAAAUAUGUUAUUCUCUUCUUCUACCCACUGGAUUUUACCUUUGUUUGCCCCACUGAGAUCACUGCUUUCAGUGACCGGUAUGAAGAGUUUCAGAAGCUGAACACAGAAGUUUUGGGUGUAUCUGUGGACAGUGUGUUUUCCCACCUUGCAUGGGUCCAAACCGACAGGAAGUCUGGGGGUCUCGGUGAUUUAAACUAUCCAUUAAUUUCUGAUGUGACCAAAUCGAUUUCAAAAUCAUACGGCGUGCUCAUUCCCGACCAGGGAAUUGCAUUAAGAGGGCUAUUUAUCAUUGACAAGGAGGGAGUUAUUCAACACUCGACGAUCAAUAACCUGGCCAUUGGCCGUAGUGUUGAUGAAACACUCAGAACUCUUCAGGCUUUGCAAUAUGUGCAAGAGAACCCGGAUGAGGUGUGCCCGGCUGGAUGGAAGCCCGGCGACAAAUCAAUGAAACCCGACCCGAAGCUCAGCAAGGAAUACUUUUCUGCUAUUUAG